ACCCCUGAGGAGGCGGGCGCCGCCGCUUCUCAUUCAUUGUCUUGACAAGAGCAUCCUCCGCGGACGGUCUCAGGCUCCGCCGGCUCCUUCCUCCUCCUCCUCCUCCUCCUCCUCGCCCUCCUCCGUCUGAGGGGUCGCUCAUCUCUCAGCCGCAGACCCAGGCUUCCCUCCUGGACGAGUCCCCUGACCCCAGCCAGCUCCUCUCACAGGCGCCUCAUCCGCUUUCUGGACAGGUGGAUCCACAAGCCUCCUCCAGUCCCAGGGAUGAGCCGGCAGGUGGUCCGUUCCAGCAAGUUCCGCCACGUGUUUGGACAGCCGGCCAAGGCCGACCAGUGCUAUGAGGAUGUGCGCGUCUCACAGAACACCUGGGAUAGUGGCUUCUGCGCUGUCAACCCCAAAUUCGUGGCCCUGAUCUGUGAGGCCAGCGGGGGAGGGGCCUUCCUGGUGCUGCCCCUGGGCAAGACUGGCCGUGUAGACAAGAAUGCGCCUAUGGUCUGUGGCCACACGGCCCCGGUGCUGGACAUCGCCUGGUGCCCACACAAUGAUAACGUCAUUGCCAGUGGCUCCGAGGACUGCUCCGUCAUGGUGUGGGAGAUCCCUGAUGGGGGCCUGAUGCUGCCCCUGCGGGAGCCUGUCGUCACCCUGGAGGGCCACACCAAGCGCGUGGGCAUUGUGGCCUGGCACCCCACGGCCCAGAACGUGCUGCUCAGUGCAGGUUGCGACAAUGUGAUCCUGGUGUGGGACGUGGGCACGGGGGCGGCCGUGCUGACGCUGGGCUCCAACGUGCACCCGGACACCAUCUACAGCGUGGACUGGAGCCGAGAUGGCGCCCUCAUCUGUACCUCCUGCCGUGACAAGCGAGUCCGCAUCAUUGAGCCCCGAAAAGGCACCAUAGUAGCUGAGAAAGACCGUCCCCAUGAGGGGACCCGGCCCGUGCGUGCCGUGUUUGUAUCCGAUGGAAAGAUCCUGACCACGGGCUUCAGCCGCAUGAGCGAGCGGCAGGUGGCACUGUGGGACACGAAGCACCUGGAGGAGCCACUGUCCUUGCAGGAACUGGACACGAGCAGUGGUGUCCUGCUGCCCUUCUUUGACCCUGACACCAACAUCGUCUACCUCUGUGGCAAGGGGGACAGCUCUAUCCGGUACUUCGAGAUCACCUCUGAGGCCCCGUUCCUGCACUAUCUCUCCAUGUUCAGUUCCAAGGAGUCCCAGCGUGGAAUGGGCUACAUGCCCAAACGUGGUCUGGAGGUGAACAAGUGUGAGAUUGCCAGAUUCUACAAGCUGCACGAGCGGAAGUGUGAACCCAUUGCCAUGACGGUGCCUAGAAAGUCGGACCUGUUCCAGGAAGACCUGUACCCGCCCACUGCAGGGCCUGAUGCUGCCCUCACGGCUGAGGAGUGGCUGGCGGGUCGGGAUGCUGGGCCCCUCCUCAUCUCCCUCAAAGAUGGCUACGUGCCCCCCAAGAGCCGGGAACUGAGGGUCAACCGGGGCCUGGACACUGGGCGCAAGAGGACGGCACCUGAGGCCAGUGGUGCUCCCAGCUCGGAUGCCAUAUCCCGGCUGGAGGAGGAGAUGAGGAAGCUCCAGGCCACGGUGCAGGAGCUGCAGAAGCGCUUGGAUAGGCUGGAGGAGACAGUCCAGGCCAAGUAGAGGACCAUCGGCUGGGGCCGACAGCCUCGCCUCCCUCCCUUCCAUUCCCACUCCUCAGGCCACAAUGGCAGAUAAGAAAAUAAUAAUAAAAUGGCUUUAUUUUCUGGUA